AUGGAAUUGUCACCCGAUGUGAAAGCUUCUUAUGCUACCAUAAUUGAUUCUAUUCUGGCUAGCAGCGAUCUUACAACCAUAUCAGAAAAGCGAAUUCGCAGGGGCUUGCAGGAAACUACCGGCCAUGACCUAACACCUUAUAAGGCUACCCUCAAGGAACUGAUCAUGGAGCGUUUCGACAUGUUUGCCGAGCAGUCCAACGCCGUCGCAGUCCAACCGCAGCCCGUCACCUCCUCCGUACCCGUUGCUAACGGUAACUCCCUGCCUUCGCCGCCGCAGAAGCGCAGCGCGGACCCGGAAGGCAUACCAGAUGUAACUGAUUCCUCGCCUCCUCCAGUAAAGAAGCGAAAAGACGACGUGGUAGACUCGGACGCUGCCUAUGCAGCGAAAUUACAGGCAGAGGAGAAUCUACGUGCCCGGACAACACGUGGCGCCAACUCAAGGAAGACCGGAGUAGUCAAGAAGAAACGAAAGAACACCUCCAAAACUGCGAAAAAAGUGAAAGCGUCCGAUGAUUCAGACGUAGAUGGUUCUGGUGCGGAAAAUAAAAAGGAAGUGAAUCGCACGGGCGGUUUUCAUAAACCACUAGCGCUCUCACCUGCGCUAUCCGCUUUACUUGGAGGCGAAGUGACUCUGUCGAGACCUCAGACGGUGAAAAAGGUCUGGGAGUACAUCCGUGAACAUGAGCUUCAGGAUCCAAAUGACCGUCGCCAGAUCCGAUGCGACGACCUCAUGCGCCCCGUUUUCAAACAGGAUCGCAUACACAUGUUUACCAUGACAAAGGUACUCAAUCAAAAUCUCUAUGACCCGGAGGAAUGA